GACAGAGUCGGUGGCUUCUUCCAGCAGGAGACCGGAAAUUGCUUGCGGCUGCAGAGGGGGAAGGCGGCUACCAGUGUAAAGCCAGAGUUGAGGUUCUUGAUAGUCCACAAUGGGUGAACCACAGCAAGUAAGUGCACUUCCACCACCUCCAAUGCAAUAUAUCAAGGAAUAUACAGAUGAAAAUAUUCAAGAAGGCUUAGCUCCCAAGCCUCCCCCUCCAAUAAAAGAUAGUUACAUGAUGUUUGGCAAUCAGUUCCAAUGCGAUGAUCUUAUCAUCCGCCCUUUGGAAAGUCAGGGCAUCGAACGGCUUCAUCCUAUGCAGUUUGAUCACAAAAAAGAACUGAGAAAACUUAAUAUGUCUAUCCUUAUUAAUUUCUUGGACCUUUUAGAUAUUUUAAUAAGGAGCCCUGGGAGUAUAAAACGAGAAGAGAAACUAGAAGAUCUUAAGCUGCUUUUUGUACACGUGCAUCAUCUUAUAAAUGAAUACCGACCCCACCAAGCAAGAGAGACCUUGAGAGUCAUGAUGGAGGUCCAGAAACGUCAACGGCUUGAAACAGCUGAGAGGUUUCAAAAGCACCUAGAACGAGUAAUUGAAAUGAUUCAGAAUUGCUUGGCUUCUUUGCCUGAUGAUUUGCCUCAUUCAGAAGCAGGAAUGAGAGUAAAAACUGAACCAAUGGAUGCUGAUGAUAGCAACAAUUGUACUGGACAGAAUGAACAAAGAGAAAAUUCAGGUCAUAGGAGAGAUCAGAUUAUAGAGAAAGAUGCUGCCUUGUGUGUCCUAAUUGAUGAAAUGAAUGAAAGACCAUGAAAGAUGUUUAUGUUUCUUUUUUCCUUUUGAUAAAUAGCCUCAUAUAUUAGUUUAUUUUCUUUUGGACAGUCUUAAGAGAGGUUUCACUAAAAAUGUAAACAGCUUUAAUCUUGACUCCAACUUUUUCAAUUAUGAGAUGUCAUAGGCAGUAAUUUCACUGUAUAACAAGCAUAGACAAAUGAGUACCCCUGCACUAAGAAUAAUCACUUUAAAAAGCAAAGUGUUCACCGCUGUUGUAUGGGACAUUCCUAUGUUUUGGAGUUGCAGUAAAACUUUGAUGAUAACCUCAGUAAUAGCAAAAGUUUUCGUCUUUGAAAAGGGGAUUUAUCAUUUGCUUUAAGAAUGAUAGAGGAAUAAUGGAUAUCAAUCUAUAAAUGUAAAACUAUGAUAUCUUUAAACUUAUUCCAUUAAAAAUUUUGCUUAAGCUGCAAAAGGUAGUAUAACAUGUUAAUAGAGAGGAGCCCAGAAGAAUUAUAAAACGGAAACUUUAUUUUUUCCUCAUGACUGCUCCUGUAAACCCACUAUCUCAGUCUUUUCUCCCUAUCCUGAAUGGACUCUUGCAGGGAAGUCCCAUGAAUUGUUUUUUUCUCCAGUCACUCAGGUAAUAAGUCUUUUGGCCAUUUUAAGUUACAGACAUUAAUUUUAGUAAUUAAGAUGUCUAUGUCAUUAGCUACACAUUUUCUUUAAAGCUAAGCCCAGACUUGCUUCAGUCCACAAUGGGAAAGGGGUUUGACGGCAGAGACUGCUAGGUGUCUACCAGAGAGUCUUGUUCUUUGAAGAUACGUUGCCAAGAUGUGGCAACCCAACCAGGGACAUUUCCGUACUGCCAGCCUCUCUGUGAGAACAUAUGACUAAGUUCUAGGCAGUGAAAUGUGGGCAUAGGAAUCCAGGCUUGCCCCAUGAACAUUUCUUGCAUGAUCCUCCAUUCUUUUCUCCCAACUGCUGGUUGCAUGGUCAUAUCCAGGAUAAGUUUGGAAGCCACCGAAGAUGGCAAAGAUUGUCAGUCUGGGUCUUUGAAUGACUGUGAGGACUAAGUCUUCUUUUCAUUAACUCCACUCUGCCCCUUGCUAAUUGGACUUUAUGUGAGCACUUUCUUCUCCCCACUGUCCAUCACCUCUUCCACCAAGGUGUUAGUAGAGAGUUGACUUUGUUUCUGAGGAUCUUUGCCUGCCAUUUUCUUAAUGUAGGCCAGUGGUUCUUAAAGUGUGUGGUCCUGGACCAGCAGCAUUGGUACCAUUUGGGGACUCACUAGAAAUAAAAGUUUUAGUAUAA